GAUACAGUAGAAUGCAUGUGUGUCUAUGAGUUUGACUUCUUUGCUGUGUGUGUGAAUUGACCUUAUCGCCAGCAGCAUCCAGCUGCCUCCCCUCCGGAGAGGAGGGCUGGUUCCUCAGAGCUGUGUGUGUGUGUGUGUGUGUGUGUGUGUAUGUGUGUGUGUGUGUGUGUGGAGAGGAUCCGGGGCUGUUCCCUCAGCAGAGCGCAGCUCAGUCGGUCCACAGCAGCGGCCGGGAUGCGCACCGGGGACUAGGCGGCGACGCGAACCACGCAGAUUCACAGCGAUGGCCUCAGCUGCGCAGCUGUGCCGGUGAUCCUGCCGCUGCACACAGGGAAGACGCAGAGACGCCUUGACAACCGACCUACCUUUGUCUCAAAAAAGAAAAAACCCCACAAGAAAAAGCAGAGGGAGGAAAAAUAGAAUCACACCAGCAUAAACAAAUGCGACCAUGUACAGCGUGGAGGACCUCCUCAUCUCCCAUGGAUACAAGCUGCCCAGGCAUACCACCUCCUCCUCCACCCCUACCCCAGCCCCCGCGUCCUCAUCCCGCCAGGCGUCUUCGUCCUCGCCGCCAUCCUACAGCAAACACCAUGAAAUCCUGGAGAACAGGCCCGUCCCCAGGACGGUGAACGGCUAUGAAAGAGGGCCCGGGGCACCCUACGGGAACGGCGGUGGAACCAGGCAGCCCCAGCCGUACGGCGGCGGCUGCACCAACAACAACAACGAACCCAGGGACAGGAGCCAGCCCAGACGGGAGGCUGAGAGCCGGAGCCACAUUGACACCCACUCCUUGGGAGAAUCGCUGACCUCAGACAGUGGGUUCUGUGAUGGCACCAGAGGUCCACAGCCGCAGUCGAAGGACGUGUCCUACUGGAGGAGAAGAGGCCAGGACUUUACUGUGCUGCUGGAUUACGCCAACUUCAGAGAGCCCCAUGGAGGAGGACAGGGGGGUUACGGCAGGCCAGAGGGGCCUCAGCAAGCAAGAGGCCAAGAGAUGUCUGCAGAGGAGCGUCAGAGGGCAGCCCAGGAGAGGCAGCGCUGGGCAGCCCAGGCCCAGGUCCAGGCUCAGGCCCAGGCGCAGGCCCAAGCUCAGGCCCGCUCUAGAGACAGGGAGGCUGCUCUCCAUCAGUGGAAGAUAGCCGCUGAGAGGAAAUGCCAGAGCUUGGGGACAGAGGAGUGGCAUCCAGCGGUGAACUUUGGCCGCCAGCUGUCACAGAGUGAGGGCGAGCGGUGGGCACAGGAGCAGCAGCGGCUCCAUGCCAGGACACCCGAAGGCAUGGUAGUCCACCCAAGGACCAAAGCCAAAUCCCAGUCCCUGCCCAGGAUGUUGCAGCCUGAGAGCCUGCAAUAUGUGGAAAUAGCCUCAUCUGGUCAGGAACUGUAUAGGCGGGUCAAUGGCCACCCACUGUCAAACCAUGACCUUUACAGGGCCCCCCGCUGGCCGGAGAAUGGCAGGCCGGCGAGUGCCAACCAACUGUUAAUGACACCAAAGCCCCGCUUCACCCGACCCCCCAGACCUCCCUCUUAUGAGAUGCACCAGCAGAUCAGGGGAAGCUGUGAGGUGUUGUCUGGGAGAGACUCGGUCAUUUCCCAGGCCAGGGACAGAACGCCGCUUCCCAUAUCAAGGUCAGGAGACCCCCAGCUGGACUAUUAUGCACAGGACUCUGGACCUCCAGGAUACAUCCCUCCCCCAUCAUAUAAGAGAGUCCCUAUGAUGGCGGGGGGUCACCGGGGAUAUGGCGACAUUGCUGUUGACUACAGGUACCGAGGGGAUGUGUACCAUCAGCUUCACGUGGCUCCAGAUGGAUCUCACUGGUUCACCAGACAUCCAGCAGGUUCCUGGCCUGAUCCCCAGAGAGAGAGGAGCUUGUCCAGCCAGAAGCAGCUGUACCCUGUGUAUACUACCCAGGAGCGCCCUGGUGGAGGGGUCCAAUAUAUCCCCUUUGAUGACCCACGUAUCCGUCAUAUUUCCUCAGCCCUGGGUGGCAACUCGUUGACGGACGCCGACAAGAUCCGCCACAUUCGCAAUGAGCUUCCCAGCGUUACCGUGUCGGAGCCUGCAUCCGACGACAGUGCCUUUUUGCCCCCACCAUUGGGGCCUUUCAUCGCUGCCAAACUGGCCGAUGAUGCCAACCAGACAUCUUCUCGCGGGUUUGACAAUGACAAUAACAGGUGGCACAGUGAUUUGCACAAAGAGACUGUCGAUAACUUCCCAGCGACUGACCAAAACUGCAACAACAGAUAUCCCAAAAACCAACGUCCUCCUCCAUCUCCCUCUUCGAGCUUCCAGGCUCCAUUAUCAAGAACUUCUUCCCGCCAGGGGUCGAACUCAGACCAAGUCUUUUCAGAAACCAUAACCCAAGUAAAGAAAAUUGCCCCGGAUUCAGGGCCAGACAAUAACAGGAACACAAAGAGACGAGUGAGUGAGACCAUCUUCUGCCUUGUGUCUGUCCCGGUUCACACACCGACAAACAUUAAUAAAGACUUGGCAGCAGAUCAGAACAACAAUGAGACGACACCAAGCCAAACUGUCACUAAAUCAGAAACCUUUGCUGUGGGCCUCAAAGAGAGUCAAAGCGUCAGGAGUAAGUCUGUGAACGAGAUGCCCAUCAAGACCCACUACUUUCACACCAGCAGCACAUCCUCUAUGAGGAAUUACAAGCGGGCUCCUUUAAGGAAGGAGAUAAUAGAUGCCUGGGCACUUCAAGCCAGUGAAGACAAAGAGUUGUGCUACGCCGGGUCGUGGCCUGGAAACCAGUACCGUAAUCAGGAAACGCAGACUGGUUCCCCGUUGACGGUGGUAAAAAGUCCAGAACCCCAGAGUCCUCCUGGGGGACAAGAGCCUGUUCAGUCUGCCUCCGACACAACCACAGACAGCGGUGUGGGGACAGACAGUAAUUCAUCUUAUAGUUACCCCAUGGCAGGCCAGAAAAACCUCCAUCCCUCCAGCAACAGCGCCUUCUCCCGUCUCAGCCUCAGCCCAACACAACCGCCACCAAUGCAGCCCUCACAGCAACCGUCACAGCAACCCUCACAGCGCGACCCGUCCUCCCCAUCCAAGGCCCAUGAUCAGGGAGACCAGCAGCCGUCCUCUCCCAGGAAGAGCAACUCCUGUCCCCCAGAGAGUGCCGAGCAAGUGGCCUUUGGACAGUUUCUCUUAAAGCCAGUGAACCGACGGCCGUACGAUGCCAUUGGUGAACUGGAGAGCAUCAAUAAGGAGAUGGAAGACACAAUCAGCAAGAGACCCCAUGUGGGUCAGUGUGCUGAUUAUCUGGAUGAGGUGAAUAUUGGACUAGACCAAUUUAAAUCAAGAGCACAUUUCACUGCUGGUCCCGAACCAGGCAGGGAGGCGAUCAGUCUUCCACCAGUGCACGUGGAAAAACCCAUCAAUAUAAAAGUGCGAUCAAAGUCCUUGGCUUCCACCGCUGAUCUUGACUCCAUGGACAUGAGGAGCGCAUUCUCCAGGCCGCAGGCCAACAACAUGCCACCAGCAAAUGAGCUAUCUGUACUCCCCAACGCAGACCUCGGAGUCAACUGCCUCUUGUCCUCACUAUCCCCACACAAUGAGUCAAACCGGCUCUAUAGACAGGACAUUCCAGUCCCUGAGGAGUCCUUGCUGAGGGAUGUGGGGCUAACUGUAUACACAGAGACUCCUGGGGGUCCUGGGGAGCCAAUGCAGAGAUCUCUCUCAGUCCCAUCUACUCUCAACCAUAAGGAGUCAGUGCACCUCUCGUGGGGGAGUAGGGCCACACUUGUUAAAAAUGGUGACAGCCCCAAGCACAAUUCAAAUAAAAAUCAUCCGGCGUCGGUGACUUCAAAGAGAAAGGCUGAAUCAGAAAAGGUUCAAGCAUUCAGGGGUGAUGUGAAUUUAAGCAUCUGCAGAAGCAGGAGUGAAAGCAGCAGAUCACCUCAGAAAGAUGGUUCACCACAUAUCACAAGGCUAAGCAGGGAGGUGUCCUUUGUGCUGGAGGAGGACGAUGGCAAUGCCAGAUACGCCAUCUCUCAGCCUCUGACCUAUAAGAACGAGUCGACGAUAACGGAUAAGCAUCUGGAGAACUUACUCACUCAGGAGAAAGCCAACGCCUUACCCGCAGUAGAUCUCAGCAACCUGUACGAGGUCAAAUGUGCCAGAGGGAUUCCUGAAAACGAGUCCAUCGAGCAGAGGGCAGCACGGAUCCUGGGUAUCGCCGUUCCAGUGGAGGCCCUGGGCGUGGCUGACACACAAUCCGAGGACAACCAGGACGAAACAGACACCACUGUAGCUGAGGAACAACAGAGUCCAAGUGAAGAGACAAAGCAGGUGAUAGGAGAGUGUGAGCAAGUCACAGAGGAGUCCCUAAAUGUCCAUGGGACAGAGGAUGUGAAGGAGAUAGGAUUCGGCGUGGAUCAAGAGGACGGGGGAAGACCAAAGCACAGCAGCAACCACAGUGAUAGUGAACACGACCAGGAUACAGAGACUAAGUCAGCCGAAGCGCUGGACCUGCCUGAGUUCCCACCCAGUAAUCUUCCCCUGUCUCUUCCUGUCACGUCCGAUGAGAAGCUAGCACUGAGCAUGUGCAGUGGGGAGAAGAAGGGGCGAGGCGGCGCAUGCAAACUAAUCGAAUCGCUGCAAGAUAAGCUAAACUCUUCUGCUUCUUCGUCUGCCACGUGUCUGGUCGGGUCCACCACAGAUAGAAUGGCCCGCCUGAAAGAGCUGGACUCAGUGUCCAGAAUCAGACGCCUCAGUCUCAAGGGUUCGGAGUCCGGAGGAGAAGCCGGUUCUGAGGAGAAAAAGGGGGAUGGAGAGGAGAGUGAGGUUCAAGAGGAGGCGACGGAGGAAGUUGUGGAGAAGCAAGUAGGAGAGGAGGAAAAUAAACUGGAGGAAGAAGGAAGGGUGGAGGAGGAGGAAAACUCACAUGAACGUGAAAAUGCACAUGAAACACGUGAGAAGUUAGGAGAUCCAGGAGAAGAUGGUAAUCCUAAACAAGUGAACGAAGGGAUAUGUAACAAAGAGCAAAGACAAGAAGAGGAGGCAGGAGAGAUUAAUGCCGAGAUUGCACUGAAUGUAGACAGCAAAGGGAGUAAAGAACUAGUUGUCGAUUCGAAAACAGAAUCGCCAGAGGAGGAGGUGGAGCUGGAAAUUGUGGAGAAUGACACAGAAAAGCCUUUGGCGAGACCGAGAGACGGACGGAAUGCAGAAGGGGUCGGCAAAGCUCAAUCGACACGAGACGCCAACGGAGUGAAGUUGCCCAAACCGAGGCAGCGCACCCGGCUCCAGAAGCCUCCCCUGCUCCCUAAACCGCGGAGCGUUCCCAAGAGAGAGAUAACGCUGCCGCGCGGCUUCGGCUCUGGGAUCUGUGGCCCCUCAAACGUUGAGGAUGAGGAGAUGCUCUCGGUCUCAGACUCCUACGACCCCAGUCGGGUGGAGAGAGUGUAACCUCUGACACUUCCUUUUACCACUGUGGAAACCUGUCUUUCCUCAAGUUAACAGCUUUUGCCGACAACAAAAGGCUUCCAUCUCACCUCAUGGCUUUGUCAGACCCCCUCCAGUACCGUCACACAUCACGUCUCACAGAACCGACCGUCCUGGUGCUGCAAAGAGCAUGGUUUGUUUUUCCACAGCCGAGUAAAGGCACCGCCGGUGCCAAUUCUCCAGGCCUUUUCAACCUGGUCGUCCUCGUCCUUCCACUCUCUCCGCCACUCAGAAGGUUUAUUUGCUCAAGCAGGGGCGGACUUCCUCCUUUUGAAAUGUUCUCAUUUUUGCUUUUGGAAAAAUGCGUGUCAUUAUUCCCAGUCGGCACUCGGGCUCCUUUGUGAGCUCGGCUGCUGAAAUAUGAAUGUAAAAGUGCUUCUGCUCGGCAAACAAAGGAAAAACAAGAAGGCAACAGUAUUGCAUCACAAUCAGCAUUAACCUACACCAAAUGUAAAUAGGAAAGAGUAUAUAAGAUUUUAUUAAGAAUAUAAAAAAAAAUCAAUUUAAGACAUUUAAUUGCCGAAGAAAUGUAUAUUUUCUUAUCUAUGUUAAGAAAAGACUAGAUUUUUGGAAGUGUCGUCUCUGGGUGUAUAACUAACAAUGAAGCCCCCUGCUCUUUAUUCUUAUACUUGUGUGAUAGAGAAUGUACUCAGAGAGCCGGGAUUGCAAUGAGAAACACUGUGGUCCUCGAAUAGCUUCACUCAAGAGCAAUAUAGUCGUUGAAUGCGGGCGUUUGUGACACACGAUUUGAGAGGUAAGUCUCCGUUUCCAGGAGCUGAUCUCAUGUAAAAAUGUUCGCUUUGAAGCCCCUUUCCUUUUGGUACAAGUGUUAGAUAUGCAGUGCUGAGAUUAUUGGCUUUAUGUCACCAGCGAGCACCUGAUAAUCUCUUCAAAUACUCGGAGAUUACACUUCGGAAGGGAUCCGCGAUCGCUCGCUCGCUCCCUCCCCGUUCUGCGGUGCCGUCAGUCUCAGCAUCAGCCAUCGCCAGCGUGUAUAAGAAAUGUCUGAUUUAAGUAUGAGGGUUUCUGUUAAUCCUCAUACUGUUCAAAGAGAAAAUCUAUAUUUCGUGGCAUUUACAGAAGUCUAUAUUUAACCGUGGAGAUUCCUUUGUUCACAUCUCAGUAUUAGAAGUGUUUUUUUUGUUUUAGUUUUUGCAGGAAAUGACAGAUGUAGCUAUAUUGAUCGCAGUGUGCCUUGUACACACUGUCUGUGGAGAACUUCAUCUGUGUGUAACGCAUCCAGUGUUGUCGGUUUACAAAUCCUAAUUUAAACUGGAGAUUGAUAAUUCUUUUUUUUUCUUUUACCACACACAAAAAGAAACUUGGCGUUGUUUUGGCAAUAAUAAUAAUAAAUAUUAGGCCGAAGGUGCUUAAUGUUGAUGCUGUACAUAACAUAGCUGUCGGAGUACUACAGUAUCUGAACAUGUUCAAUGAUGUAAUGUUGACAUAUCAGUGCUUUAUAAGUCGUGGGCAUAACUGGCAAUUGGUUUGCACUCACUUCACUUAUGGGGUAGCAAUACAAGAAAUAGAAGAAUCAAAAAAACAUACCAAAACCAAACUUUGUGCUAUGCAUUUGGACGUCAACAUUCACUGGGUGGAAUACCAAAAUUCAAAGCUCAAAACUGCGACUUCUGGUUUGCUCGUUUGAACCCUGUCACUCUUUGAUCCAGCUGUAUUCGAUGUUGAACCUGUUGGAUGUGGUCGUAGACGUGUAUGGAAGCUCGGUGCCAGGUUUUCGUCUCCGUCCCGUAACCAGCCCAGUACUGACCUGUACCUCUGUGUUCCAGGUAACGUGUUAUCUGGCGUCAUUCUCGUGAGUCUUUUUGUACCGCAACUUCUUUGUAACAUAUAAUAAACUAUUGGUGCACAUCUUUGCUUUGAUAUUUUCUAUUUUCAUACGGACGUAUGUACAGCUUCUUUUGUAUGCGCAGCAUCUUUUCUUUUUCUUUUUUGUGUGUGUGUGCAUGAAAUGCGUAAGCCGUCACAGAGAGAAGGUGUAUUUGCAUAUAAUUGCAUUUGGUACUAUAUAGUCUAUCCAAUAAACAAGUGUUAUAUUUCAUAUAAUGUAUAUUUUAUUUUCAAAGGUUAAGCCACAUAUUUAAACAGAACAUGGUAUUUUUAGAUUAUUGUGAAAAGGGAACCGUUUUUGAAGGCACAAUAUUUGUCCAUAUUUGCCGUGAUCGUCAAAAUGGUCAUAAAUAGAGACAAGUUUGUGCUGUUGUACAGUACUGCAGACUAUUCAUAAAUAAAAGUCUUUGCAUGAAA